GAGUUGGCUACUUGGCUCAUAGUCCCAAGGCUUUUCCCACGUCCAAAGGCCAUGUUCCGUCGAUCCUCCCCCUCCCCCUCCUACAGCGACGCUCUCAUGCACAACCACGCCGCGAGCUUCUCCGCGCCGCUGCCCGUCACCGUCACCGUCCCCGUCCCAGCCCAGAACCCCCGGGGCGCCGCGGCCGGCGGGUACCUCGACGGCAAUGUCGGCGCCUUCUCGUCGCCUCCGUCGUCGUACUACAACUACAACAACAUCCAGAGGAGCGUCAGCUCGCACUCGCUCCCGAUGCGCCUCCAGCCGGGCGACGUGUCCCUCGGCGGCCGUGGCUUCUACUCGCCGUCUUCACCGUCCGCGCACCAGCUGACGACGACGCUUCCGCCGCUCUCGUCCUCCCCGUCCUCCUCCUCCGGCGAACUCUUCGAGUUCACCUCGCCGUGCCCCGUCCGCCGCGUAUUCAGCACCGGCGAUCUCCAGGGGAUGAACGGGUCGUCGCCGCCGCGCCCGGUGCCGUCGGCCGACGGCUGCGGCCACGAGGGUGGCGGGACGUUCUCUCAGAAGGUCGCCCGGUACAGCGCCGUGGAGAGGAAAGAGCGGAUCGAGCGCUACCGUGUGAAACGGCACCAGAGAAACUUCAACAAGAAGAUCACUUAUGCCUGCAGAAAGACGCUGGCGGACAGCCGCCCGCGGGUGAAGGGCCGCUUCGCAAGGAACGGCGAGGUCGACGCCGAUGCCGACGAGCGCGAGGCGUCCGACAACAGCUACGAGUACGGCAGCAGCCGCGACGAGCUGGGCAACGGCAGCGUCUACAGCACCACGGGGAGCUGCUACGAUGGCGACAACGGCGAGUGGUGGUGGCGGCCACCCGGGGCCGCCGCCGCCGCGGCCGGCGACGAUGCUCAGCGGCAGCGGCAGGUCGGCUUCGACGAUGACGACGAGCUCUGGGCGACCCUCGACGACCUGGUCUCGUAGGCUGCGAUCGCCUGCACGCUGCAGGCUACAGGCCAGUCACCGGUCACCAGGCGAGUAGCGCGCCAGGGGCGAUGGGACGAACGCGACGCGACGUGGCGUUGGUGUCCGGUGCACGCGCGAGCACUCCACUCAGGCUCCGCUGGAUCGGCGGGGGCGCCGGUGCGCGCGCGGCGCAGUGCGGUGUGGUCGGCGUCGUUGACCUUCCCCUUGUGUACGAUGCGAUCGAUUGCCUUGUAAACUUUUAGCCCAGAAACAUCAUGACGCAACAGAGAGAGAGAAAAAAAACUUCAGAAACAUGCGUCCUGUCCGUCGUCUCUAAUUAAUUAAUGUCGUUUGGCACUGAGAACAGCUUGUGCUCCGUGAGAUCCUUGUGACUUCCACAAAUCAGCUGAUUGAACUAGCCUGAGGAUGUUUUGCGCCCUAGCUACAAGUCGUCGUAGUUUCCGUCGUUGUGCGUGUCUGCUGGCGCUGCACUUAUUUUAAGACUUGGAAAAUGGCGCGUAUCACAUGAUCCGUCAGUGACAGGACAUGUCAUGUCACGGCAGUUUGCUCACCCGUGGGGGCUGCGACUUCUCCCGGUGUCGCGGGAGAUGGAUGGCAUUGGCAGGCAGGUGGCACUGCGAUUGGGAUUAUAGAUGUUCAAACGGGGGCACGGCCCGAUCCAACUCGAGCCUGACUUGGUCUAGCUCGUUUGAGCCCGGCCCGUUUGAGCCCGGCCACUUAACCGUACCAUGCCGCCGACGAGCUCAUACCUCUUCCCAAGCACGGCACGGUGGAGGCCCGAUCGUGCCGGACCGGCCCGAAUAGCACGACCCAUUUAGUAGCCCGUGCUGGUCCGAGCCCGCAAACGCAAAACUUGAAUUGGAAGCGACGACGAAACAGGCAAGAAUUCCGCAUGCAAAUUAAAACUGGCCUCACCUUGGGAAUGAAAGGAUCGGGGAGCGAGCAAUCGAGAUCACCGCGCGCGCAAGCAAUUGUGCAGCGGAUUAAUUUAAUCAGCCAAGACGUCGAGAUCCAAUUCAGUUUCAGGCUAAUAACCAGCUAGCUAGCUGAUCAAGCAGAGAAUCGUAGCUUGCGGAUAGAUGUUGCGGAUAGAUGCAGUCGUUGUCGUGCGCGUCCACGGCCGCCUCGCCGACUGCUGCACCCACCGCCACGACUGAUGAUGAAAUGAUGCAUGACACAUACCAGAACCGCUCUAGCACGUCGCGCAGGAGGGAGGAGGUGCCGCGCCGCCGCAGGGAGGAGGGAGCCAGGAGGAAGAGUGGGAGAGUGUGUUAGGGUUUGCGUUGGGCCGUCGGGUUGGGGCAUACGCGGACGCGGCAGCCGUCGGGUUGUGGGGCGUUGGGCCGUCAGGGAC